ACUGGCAUCAGAAACACUAGAUAUCUUCAGUGCUGAGCAGUACAGUUUCACACAAAUACACAACAGCAUUGGCUAGACGGAGGCUGCGUUCAGCCAAAAGGCACGUUGGGGAUAGGCAGUGAUAAAAAAGAGGGGGAGAAAGAGUCCAGCUGCUCUCUCACACCGGACUCAAGCAAGAUUUGCACCAUGAAGACCAGACUAGGCUGUCUGUCCCACAAAUCUGACUCCUACAAUGACUUCUCAGAAUUCCUGCCUCCAGCCCACGAAACCACAGCCAGGUGUCUGAAACUAUCAACCGAUGAAGUUGUUCGAUGGUCUGAAUCAUUCGAUAGCCUCCUCACUCAUAAGUAUGGGCUGGCAGCUUUCCGGACAUUUCUUAAAUCAGAAUUCAGUGAUGAGAAUAUUGAGUUUUGGAUGGCCUGUGAAGACUACAAAAAAAUCAAGAGCUCAGCUAAGCUGGUGUCAAAAGCAAACAAGAUAUUUAAAGAGUUUGUUGAGGUUCAGGCACCAAGAGAGAUUAACAUUGACUACCGUACCAGGGAGAGGACUAAGCAGGGCCUGGCGGAUCCCACCCCAACCAGCCUCAAUGAAGUCCAAGGUAAAAUCUACAGCCUCAUGGAGAAAGACUCCUACCCACGGUUUCUCAGGUCCAAGAUGUACCAGGAUAUAGUCAACAGGGCACAAGCGCGAGGACAACGAAGGUCUGUUUGACAAACAGUGGCAAUAAAACUGGACCUCUACUGUAGAUCAUUUAUCCUUUGAAAUCUCUUAAUACUGUGAAUCUGCAAGGAUGGGGUGACCUGCUUGACUGUUUCCUUUAUCAACACCAGCUCCAUGCAUGCAAUCCCUGUAGUUAAAACUUGUCUCUGUGGACUGCAAUAUACAGUACAAUGAGUGUGGAUGAUUAUAAGCUAAUGGUUUGCUGAGCAAUCUGUCUGAAAUAUCAAAAUAAAAGUACAGUAUCAAGCAAUAAUGAUAGUUAUCACAAUAUUUGCUAUGUUUUGUUAGUUCUUUAGCUAUGUAAGUUAUUUAUUUUUAUAUCAGUCAUGCACUAUGUGAUUAUAGCCCAAAUAUUCAUGUUUGGGCUAUAAACUCAAAUAAAAGACUCAAAUAAAGACUGGUAAGUGGUAGUUUGAAUUGAUAUAUGCAUUUAUGUAGUAAAGAAACUUUACAGUCAAUAAAGAAAUCAAAUGAGUUGUUCAAAUAGUCCUAAAAGCAAAAGAAAACCUUUAUGGUAAUCUCAAUGUGCACCUCUGGAUUGUUACUGUUUGAUCACUACAUGGAAGUACAGUUCUGACCAACUGUGAACCUGUGAUUUCACAAUGGUCCUUAGACUUGAGAGACCAGUCACCAAACUUCAUAUCACAGCAAGUAGUUGGAUUAUGACCAAGAACAUACCUUUGCGUGUGUGUGUGUGUGUGUGUGUGUGUGUGUGUGUGUGACUGAUGAUUGUGUGAACAUUAUGCAACCUGAAUCUUUUUGGCCUUGCCAACACUAUUUUUUCUCACCAGCUGCCUACUCCCCAAAUUUGACUUGUCCAGUCCAAGUAGUCAUGAUGUGACCACUUGGACAUAUCUGCAAAAAGCAGAGGCGGGGAAGAGGUGUGCGGAUUCUAGCCAAACUAAAGUUAUUAUUCUUUUUAUAACUGAAUUUUCUUUCUUUCUUUCUUUUCCUUGGUAAAGUCAGAACUUUUUGAUCGCACCUUUGUUUACCUCCGUGAUUGCAGUUGGUCAGAAAUGUGUAGGAAUUUUCAGAGCAAAAUAAAUGAUUUGUCUGGUUGUGGCCUGUUCACAUUCUUUUACAUAUAUUACAACCAGUAACUGUUCCUAACCUGAAUGGUCAUUACACAUAGAAACCAGGUGUUGGUUUAAGUUUUCCUGGAUAAUAAACAGCACAGGUUAUAUAAAAGUCACUGGGUGGCCUACAUGUUGUACGUUCUUUUCCAUCUUAUGCAUCUACUCCCAACCCUCUCUUUGUGGACUUUGCAGCCCUGCAUCAUCCUUCUUAUUUGCUUUCAUUAUAUUACUCUGCCGAGUAGAGGGUGCUAUCACAAUAAAACAUGGGUCACAGCAAGCAGCACAAAUGUUGUGCAGGGUGUCUUUUUCAAUGGGAAGAGGGUCUCUCUGCUUUAUGUUCUCUCUUUUCGAGAGUUCACUGGAUUUAUGAAUAUUUCUGAUAUAUUUUAUCACUGAGGAAACUAUAUUGUGGUAAUUAUCAUUAUUGCUUUAUUGCUCAGCCCUGCCACUACUUGUCUUACCUUGUCUGUGAAAUAGACACUGUUGUAUGCAGGCAAUUAUACCUGCUGUGGUAGUUUGUGUGUUUACAAUGAACAACUAAGUGAGUGACCACUUAAUAUCUGAAACUGUGCCAAAAUAAUCAAUUGCACUUCGAUGUUGUUAUUGCAUAAUACUGUGUAUCUUAAACUGCAGGUAAUCUGUCAGCUCAUUUCACUCAGCUCAACAGGCAGAGUUUAGCUUUCACUUCUGUUCUAAAUGAUAAAAAUUGUUUAGGCAGUCAAAGAUUCCCGAAUGAGAUUCCCACCAUCAUUUCUGGUGAUUUGGUUGGUUUAAAAUAUGUCACUGAACUGUAAUGAGUUUUUUACGGAUUAUCGACUAGCAAAAACGUUUCCAAGUAGAGUUAAAGAGUAAUUUAAAUUCCAUUCUAUAAUGGAUUGAUACCUAAUUAACCAAAACAAGCAGCAUAAACAGCAGACGUUCCAUCAAGGUUACAAUGAAAUACAACGUCCUGCUGAUACUCUUCCACUGAAUUCCAUCUAAUCUUUGCUGAAAAUAGUUUUCUGCAUGAUGCAAUACUCAGAUUUACUGUUUAUAUAUUCUUAAACAUGUACAGUAUGUUAAACAAAUACUGCAGAUAAGUUUAUUUAUAAUAUGUCAUUGUGCUCCUUCAGCAUUUGAUGUGUUUCUGCAUUAGAUGUGCUCCUUAACUUAUCAAUCCUUUAAAUGAAUUAAAUGCAAAACUUUCCUGAGCACUUAAAGAGUGGUAAAUAUUUUCUUUAGUGCAUGUGUACCACAUAGGCCAGCCUGUUUGAAAUGCCAGAAAACGGAUAAAGACUAAAAAAAGCAUACUGCCAUAUAUGGUAUGUUACUGUGCUCCACAUGAAUGUAAUCUCCCUCUUCUUCUUUUUGCAUUAAAAAAGUUAAUCUGCA